AUAGACCAUUUGCUUUGUGUUCGCACUAUCCCUAAUUUUUUUGUCUGCGUUUAUUCAAGAGACUGCAACGUCCCCUGAUCGUCUGUCCUUCCACGCCACUUAAUACACGGAUACUUCCGCUCAUUUACCAAUUCAUUGUCAACUGCACACUCCUUCCAUGUCUACUAUCGCAUUCCAGGCUGUGCCACAGGAUAUCACUAUUAAAACAGAUCCUCCGCCGAAAUACGCCUUCCUUGCUUAUCCCCCUCCCCCUAAAAAGCGUCCUACACAGCCCCUGCCUUCCCCACCUUCGUACGCGAAGGUUGUUAUUCCUCAAGUUUCCCCACUCGCCCGCCGCCGCUCGAAUACCUUUUCCACAAUCGCCGCUUGGGCGGCCCACGUCCAGCCGGGAUCCCCUGCAUCUAUUUCUCCGCGCUCCCCCCGUCGCCGUCCUUCCAUCGGCCGCGGUCGCAGAACGUCCAUUACGUCCAUUCGUGUCUCACCGGGCUCCUUCUUAAACGUUUUAGACACCCCAACCACCGCCCAUCGCAGCGCCGCAACUCCCUCGAUCCAAAAUUUUAAAGCAGACCUCACAUCCGUCGGCUACACUUCUGUCUUUUUGCAGGUCCCUAAGACUCCUGUCACUGCGGCGCUGCCUAUCGUGGUGGGGCCUCACACUGCAGCGACCGGGAAUCAAUUUCCAUUUCCCGUACCACCCGUACCUGCAUCACCAACGCGCAAGCCUCGCGGGCUUACCCGCUUCCGCUCCUUGUCCGUGCUCAAGUCCCGCGGCAGAUCAAAGUCCGCCGCACCCUCAUCUCCCACCAAGAUGAAGGCCAAGGCAGCAGCGUCAUCUGCUGCUGUAGUUAAGCGCAAGAAGGCGAAAUACGCUGCUCUGCGCCCUGCACCUCUUGCCAACGAGCUUGCGCUCAUGCAGUUUGUUGAUGGCGGCAGUAUGGAAUCCAACAUCAAGCGGGUCAUGGAGGCUCAGGCCAAAGCCGGUGCUACCGGUGUUGGAGACGUCUACCGUGAUGGUGAAGGCGGCGUUUGGUGGGAUCAGGAAGAGGAAUGGGAGUACGCCCAUCUUCUCGCCGGUGGGGAGGACGGUGCCGCUCACGGCAUGGGUGACCUUCAGUGGAUUACCUUUGGUGGAGACAAGUCGUCCCCCGCUAACCCUGUCGUUGACGAAGAGCGUCGCGGCAGCGUUUCAACCCAAGACUCCGACUUGGAUCCACGUUACAUUGUCCAGCCCACUGACCAUCUUGACACGGAUGAUCUCGCUGUAUUCGGAAGCGCUCUUGCUCCCCUCACCACUCGCAAGCCAGCGAUGUCUGUCCUAGCACUCCCCUCCCGCCCUCGGCGUGCUGCUAAGCACCUCCGCAAACCCGACUUCCUUGUGAACGUUGCGUUCACCAGGGGUUCCGGAUCUCCCAAGAACCCCAUGUUCACAAUGUCGGCGUGUGCAAAUGGUGUCGCUAAGCCCAAGGGGAAGGCGCGCAGGCGUCCUACGCCACUGACGCUGAGCCCUCUCAGCCCCGCACUCAAGCGGCCGUCAAACUCUCCUGUGGAUGCUGAGCGCAUCCGCAAGGACUUCCUUGAGUCUUCGUUCGAGCCUGUUGUUCCU